CAUGGCCCCUCCAACACCUGCUGAGAUAGAGGCUCAUCAGCGGCUUCUCGAUAGUCUCGACAUCGCCCCGAUUCCGCGUCCCUUCCGCAAUCCCAACUGGAAACCAUCGCAGCGCCGCAACAAGAACGUCAAGCAGCUCCUUUCAGAAAGCUCCCGGAAAGAAGCAUCAGUGCUGGCAACGCAGGCCAACUCCGGCGCUACAACUCCUUUGCCUACUACCAGCACAGAUGGUAGCCAGACCCCUGCUGAAGGCGCUUCACGGGAUCCGAACAUUGCCCAGGCGGCGCAGAACCUAUCGACCCUCGUCCUGGAGAAGAACGCACGAGCAGCUGUGCCCUCAGGGCCUUCGGUCACUUAUACAAACAUUGAGUCGGCGCCUUCGGUGCAUUCGUUCCAUCAGAAACGCUAUUGCGAUAUCACUGGACUGCCAGCCCCGUACACGGACCCAAAGACAAGAUUGAGAUAUCACGAUAAGGAGGUCUUCAGUGUCAUCAGAACGUUGGCACAAGGUGUACCGGAAACCUACCUGGAAGCCAGAGGUGCCAAUGUUAUUCUGAAAUAA